GUGUGCCAUGCGUGUUCGCUGUUUUUUUUGCUGAGGCCUGGGGCACACAGGGCAAAAGGCUCGCGGCGGAGGUCUGGGAGGGCGCCGCAGCCAGCGCAAGGCCGAGGGGCCCGCGGCCGCCGCCGCGGCCGCCGCCGAGCUGGAGGCCGCCCUCGGCGCGUGGAGGCUGGGGCUCCGGAGGGAGAGCCUGGACGACUCGUCGACGGUCGAGGCCAGCCUCGUCAACGAGGGGCUCUUCGACGACGAGCUCAGCGAGCCCACCCCUGUCUUGCUCGGAGGUCGGUCCUGGUCGCCGGCGGCGACUCUGGCAUCGGCCCGGCUCUCUGCAGGCAGCUGGCCUCCAGGCACGCCUGCCGCGUCUUCCUGGGGGCGCGCGAUGGACUGAGGGGCCAGGCGGUCCUCGCGGCCAUGCUGGCGGAGGAGCCCGCGUGCGCGGGGCGCGUGCAGGUCGUGCGGCUGGACCCCAGGAGCACGGCCUCCGUGCUGGCCGCCGCGCGGGCCGUGCGGCGCGCGCUCGGCGCGGGCGCGGCGCUGGGCGCCCUGGUCAGCAACGCGGAGCCCCCGCAGACCCGCGGCCUCACCGCGCAGGUGCUGGUCUCGAGGAGCCUUUACUUGUGCGAGGCGUUCAUUCCUCUGCUGGACCCCGUCGAGGGGCGAGUGGUCACCGUCGGGACCAGCGUUCGCCCGGCGUUCAGCAGAAGCUGCGAUUCGGACAGGAAGCAGAUCUUGACCUCCUCCGAGACGACGUGGGAGGAGGUCGAGAGCCUGGUGGAGGCGGAGCUGGCCAGCGACCCUCUCACCGCCAAUAGCUCGUACGGCAUAUCGAAGGCGUGUCUGAAAGUGUAUUCGGAGAUUCUCGCCAGAGCCCAUCCAAAGAUAAGAGUAAGCAUGGCACCACAUGAAGCAUUCGAGAACACCUUCGCGUCAAACGCCGGCACUGAGCCAGACAUGUCCGUCAUUCGACUGGUUCCUUCGCGAGCAGUGGAACGCGCUCGUCCAAUUGCGUCCGCCGCGCUUGCCGGCGAAGCCGAGCUCGCGAGGCCGACUCGCGCCGCCCGCCUCCCCGGGCCUCGGCCGCCCUGCUCCGACGCCGCAGCGCGAGCCCCCCGCCCCCCGGGCCUCUCGGCGGCGUGCCGUCGCGGGCGGAGUGUUGCUGUUUGACGCGUAGCCUUCAGCCGGGCCUGUCCCUCUGCAGAGGGGGAAUCUUCGAAAAUAGUAGAGCAAAAGUCUGGGGGCGAAUUUUUCCAUCUUUUCGAAUGUGCUUGAGAUAUCUUUUGGCUACUUCUUGGCUUUUUCGUCCAAACUCCGCCUGCAGGGGGACGUCCCCGACCUAAGCGUAGCCCCAGGGCCUCAGCUGCUCUGACACGCCCGCUUUGAAACGCAGCACGCACCGUGUUCGAGACGUACGUGCCAGCGCGCUGCGCACCGGCUCGGCACGUGCUGGUCCGCGUCGUGGUGGACGCGUCGCGCCGGACGUACGUGCCCAGUCUGCGUGUGGCGCUCCGUGUCAACACGCUACGUGCUGCGUGUUGCAUAUCGGGGCAGCUAAGCCCAGGGCAGGGCUCCCGUCGUCAACACCAGAAGGCUCUCUCGCUGCCGGCCGGGACAGCACUGCCGCCGCCUUGUGCUGUUGGGCCCCCCCCUCCCAGCCAGCCCUGCUGGAGACAGAAUAAAACGACGCCCCUGUUUUACACAGCAGUGCGGAGGCGUGCCUCCCUAGUGACUCUCCCAGGCCUCCCCGCCCGAAACGCCGGGGAGGCGGCGACAGCCUUGAUGCACCAGUCGACUGCGCGCUGGUGGAGUUC